UGCACAACAACGCAACGAGCACCACGCGGCUGGCUUGCCCACUGCUGAUCCUUUUGCCCUCAUUUUCCAAUCAGCACCACAGCCUUAUCAGAGGCAGAACCGAGAAUGAAUCCGCGAACCCGCUUGAAGACAGUGGCCAAUGAACUCCACCUUGCCGUAACUGACUGGUUCCUUCGAGCGUACGCUAGCCGUUCUGGCGACGGGAUCUGUUGACAUCGAUCAAGGCGAUGCUGAGGGCGCCACCCACUUAUUAUGGCCGCUGUUAAGGGUACCGCGCAUAUUGUGGAGAUUCUGCUCAGAAAGGGAGCCAACGUGUCGAUGGUGGAUAGCGACAGUGUCACUGCCCUGCACUUUUCUGCCGAACAGGGACUUGUCGUGGGAAUCGUUGGCGAGGGCUCGAAGCCAAGAUAGCGACUACCCACCACACACCGCUUCACCUGGCCGCGCUUCACGGAAGAUCUGAGAUGGUAUUCGGCGAAGGCUUGACCGGCAUGUACUAGCGGGGGUUGCAGGAGAUCGCGGUACUUGUCACCGUUUCGGCCGUACGAGGGGUUAGGCUGGUUACUGCUGCUGAGCUCUCCAGUACCCAGCGGGCGGAGGUCACACCGGGCAAACAAUAGAGGGACCUUCACUUGAAUGGUGUGGUCGAUGUGAACAAUUGUGUUUAGCGAAGCGUGUUCCGUAUUGUACGAAGAGUUGUUUGAGCCACGUGGUGGGAAAGGGACACAGGUUACAACGGGGAACUCUGGUCGCUGCCGUCCUGCUAU